UGUUGUUAUUAACCAUCAUCUCGUCAUCAUCGCGUAGGUAGUCGCCGUUGUCGUCGUGUGUGCGGUUUUGUUCUGCGCGCGUAUUCUCCAGCAGUCUGUCGCGCGUGUGCACAGAAAUCACGACGCUCUGCGCAUUUUUUCGUGCAGCGCGACGACGGUAUCUCCCGGUCGAGCUAUAAAACCGUACCCGUACCAGCAGUGACCAUUAACUACUAAUCGUGACGUAUACCCAGAUUACCUAUUACCAUUUACCGCGGUAUCGCCAUAUUAUAUUAUACCGCUAUAGUGUAGGUAGUAACUGGUACCGCAGUCUUCGACGCUUGCGGUAAAUCGAUCUUUACGAACACGCCGCCGCACUGCAGCUGAGGUUGACGCGGUAAAACAUCAUAUUGCACCUACGACAUGGAAAGACAACGGGCAGAGUCGACGUUCACCAUCAUUUCAAAGGUCAAGAAUUCGCCCAACGUGAACACGGCCGUGAAAUGGCUAUCGUCCAACAAGUUACUCAUAUUCAUCUUGGUAUCGGUCGUAUUCGGAGUGAUCUUGGGAUUGAUAUUAAGACCGCUGAACCUUAGCAGUGAUAUUAUUACUCUAAUUUCAUAUCCUGGUGACCUUUUCUUGAGGACUUUAAAGUUGAUGGUGUUACCAUUCAUUAUAUCAUGUUUAAUUAUAGGUGCUGCUAAUUUGGAUAUAAGCAAAAAUGGCAAUGUUGCAAUCCGAACCAUUGUGUAUUUUGUCCUUACGUCUGUUUUUAAUGUCUGUUUGGGGUUAACGCUCGGUCUGCUCGUUCAUCCCGGCAGCCCAGAUUUAAGGUACACGAAUACCACGUCAUUUUCAGGACCCAAAAAAAUGAACGUUAUGGAUGGAUUUUUAGAUAUGGGAAAGAAUUUAUUGCCAGAAAAUUUGUUCCAAGCUACAAUCCAACAAACAUUAACCGAGUAUGAGACCGUCAUGGGUGAAAAUAACACGAAAACGUUGAAAAAAGUCGUUAAAUACAAAGACGGUACAAAUACAUUGGGCAUAAUAUUCUUUUGCCUGAUCUUCGGAACCGUACUGGGCACGAUGGGUGAACGCAAGCGACCAGUUUUGAACUUCUUCACAGUCACCUACGAAGUAAUGCAAAAGAUACUCACCGGAGUGAUUUGGUUUACACCAAUUGGAGUGGCCAGCGUCAUAUGCGGUAAGAUCAUCACACAGGCCCAACUCACCACCACGCUGGUCCAGCUCAGCUUGUUCAUCGCAACGACUGUCGGCGGUUUCCUAUUCUAUCAGCUGAUUGUCAUACAAGUAAUUUAUUUCGUAAUCGUGAAGAAGUCUCCGUGGCCGUACUACGUGUCGCUGGGACCCGCUCUCGCGACCGCCUUUGCCACUGCUUCCAAGUCAGCGUCUCUUCCAAUAACAUUCAAAGUGUUGGACGAAAAAUUAAAGAUGAAUCCAAAAAUCACUAAAUUUGUCCUACCAAUCGGUACGAUCAAUAUGGACGGUUCGGCUCUGUACCUGAGUGUAGCACUAUUGUUCUUGGCACAAAUCAAUAAUUUGCAAUUAGGCAUUGGAGAAAUUUUCACUAUCGGGUUGGCUUGCACGGCGGCAAGUAUGUCUUCGGCAGCUAUUCCAUCGGCAGCCAUCGUCUUGGUCGUAAUGCUGUGUAGCGUGAUCAACAUACCCACCGAAGACGUAUCUAUGCUGUUUGCCGUCGAUUGGCUAGUGGACAGGUUCAGGACCAUGAACAAUCUGAUCGGAGACUGUUACACGGUGGCCAUUGUUCAACAUUUAUCCAAAGAGGAAUUAGAACAGGACGACGAGAAAGAAGCCGAAGAAGCGCACGUCAACGGCACGUUCGUUAUGCAAGAACAAGAACAAAACCCACAGACGAAUCAGAGUUUUUCCACCAACACGCCAGUAUAAAAUAUAUUAUUAUAUUAUUAUUUUCAAUACCUAUAUUAUAACGACUGCGACGUGUUUCCAGUAUUAUUAUGUAUGUGUAAUAUAACGGAGCUGGCUGUUUAAUCGCACGUGCUGCAGACGACAGUUCAUAUUAUUAUUAUGUUAUGACUCGAACGUAUUAUUAUUAUUAUUAUUAGUAGUAUGUAUUAGUAUUUUACUUAUUAUUAUUAUUAUUAUUCCGUGUUCGUAUGACCAUUUACACUGCGUACCUGUUAUUUUUUCAAACAAUGUUUUUUUAAGAAAUCGCGAUGAUGGUAAGACAUAUAAAUUAUCUCCGCGUCGGGUCGCAUGUAUAGGUAAUAUAACCACCCGCGACACAUUGGUAGGGCGAAUAAGUACUUCGAGUAUUAUGACGGUUUAAAAUCGUAACAGUCGAAUAUUCGAGAUACGUACCACCUAUACCCAUAAUAUAACGUGGAUAAUUUUUUUCAAAUUUCAAUUAACAGUUUAAUAUUCAAAUACGGCACUUUUCCGACAGUGUUUUCCUAUUUUGCACUCUCAUGCUUACACAAUAUGUAUAUAAUAUGUACUAUACAAAUCGGUAGAUCUGUAUGACACGUAAACUAGAAAAAUACAGACGAAAAUCGUAUCAUAUUUUACUAUAUUUACCUUUGUGGCCAACGAUUAUAAUAACAUAUACCCUGCCACACGAUUAUAGGACCUUAUUGCUGGUGGUUAUUGAUAUCGUUAUUAAAUACAAGACACAAGUACACCUACCGUAACAGAAAAUGAGAACACUUUUAUCGUUUUGAUUUAUUUUAUAUUUUCGAGAAAUCAAUUACCUACCUAGGUAUUAAUAAUACAAUUAGUACCAGUGGCGCGUAUAUAGAAAUUAAUUAUAUAUAUAUAUAUAUAUAUGCCACUGAUUAGUACAAUAGUACAACAUUUAAACUAUCUUAAACUUAGUCGAAAAUUUGUUGUGUUACCGUCAUGCACCCUUGAAAUUAUUUUUAUUAUUAUUUUAUAUUGUGUUUUUUCUAUCGUGUCAGUUUAUAAUAUUAUAUUGUGCCUAUCAUAUUAUAUUAUAUAUUAUUUACCUGCCAUAUGUUCAUAUAAUUACUUUUUCGCGUUAAUAUAAAAUUAUACAUGUGUAAACAUUUGUUUCAGGUA